UCUUCAAAGCUCCGUUAAAAAGCGGAGGGGACUUCAGAAUCCAGAGGUGCCUCCUGUGCGCUCGUAAAAAGAAAAAGAAAAAAAAGGCUUCUGCUGAUGUUGAUGGAGGGGGUUGCUUUCUCAUUGUGCCAGGCUCGAUGCGAAGUCGAGCUGCUGGUGAGACUGUAGGGGAAACACGCAGUCAAGUCAAGAGUGGUCGUCUUGUGUUUACAGAGCCCGGCCACUCUCACGGAUUUCUAUCACGAUGGCGUGGAGAGGAGGGAGAAAACGGUCGUUUUAUCGGCCAAAUCCGUCCGCGUAAACCGAGGCUGGCGUUGUUUCUGACCCGAGGACUCGGAGGAAAAGAAAAGGUGAUGACCUGGAUGGUGCCAUGUGAAUGACUGAAGACCAUGAAGCCCACACACAAGCUGCUGUUCGUCCUGUGCCCCAUGCUGGUCCUGGGCUUUAUUUUCUACUCCUCCGGGAAGCUACAUCUACACGUGUGGGGCCAGAAGCCUCAGGGUGAAGCAGAAGAGACAACUGUAGUGCUGACUAAAGUGGCUGAAGUGAAAAGAAUUCCAGUGUAUGAUAAGCAGGGCUUCCUGCUGCAGCUGGACACAAAACUGCCACCAGAGUUGGCAUACAAGUAUGGCAACCUCAGCGAAGGAGUGUGCAAGCCGGGAUACGCAGCAGCAAAGAUGACCACCAUCUAUCCUAAGUUCAUGAAACCAGCACCUAUGUUUCUUGAUCGGAACUUCAAACGCCUAGCAAAAGUCAGCAGUUACUUACCUCCAUUUGGAUUCAAAACACAAGAGAGAAUCAUAGACAGUAUUUUAACCACCACGAAGAAUUACGGACUCGGAGAAGAGCUGGACAGUCUCAGCUGUAAAAGAUGUAUCAUUGUGGGCAACGGGGGCAUCCUGUCCAACAAGUCUCUGGGCUCCCGUAUAGAUGACUACGAUGUUGUAGUGAGGUUAAACGAAGCCCCAGUUGCUGGUUAUGGCAAAGAUGUUGGGACCAAAACCACCAUGAGGAUUACCUAUCCAGAGGGAGCCAUCCAGAAGCCUGAAAGCUAUGAAAAAGAUUCCCUCUUUGUUUUUUCCGCCUUCAAACCGCUGGAUUUCAAGUGGCUCAGACAGAUGGUCUUCAAGGAGAAACUGAGGGGCACAGAGGGUUUCUGGAAGUCGGUGGCUCACUAUGUGCCUCGGGAGCCAACGGAGAUAAGAAUCCUCAAUCCCUACUUCAUCCAGGAGGCUGCCUUCCAGUUCAUAGGCCUGCCCUUCAACAAUGGCCUCAUGGGCAAAGGGAACAUUCCAACUUUGGGAACAGUUGCUAUAACAAUGGCACUGCAUAACUGUGACGAGGUGGCCGUGGCUGGUUUCGGCUACGACAUGAACACACCCCACGCACCUCUGCACUACUACGAGACUGUCAAGAUGUCCGCCAUCAAAGAGUCAUGGACGCACAACAUAUCCAAGGAGAAGGAGUUCCUGCGCAAGCUGGUAAAGGCCAACGUUGUCACAGACCUGACCAACGGUAUCUGAGUUUACACCCACCUACAGUCUCCUUCUGCCUUUCCCAAAGGACUACUAAACAGGAAGCUGGGAAACAGAUUGACCCUGGGAGAAAGAACCCUUUAGAAUCCGGGUGGCCCGCCGACUGUCUGGGUUUUCAAAUCAAAGGAGAUUAUUUUAAAAAGAUACAGGAGGGUUUCUGUGGAGACACACGUGCCUUCUGAACCAAAGACUCCUGCUGACUGAAGCAGGGAGGGCGGGGGACAUGAGGAGGACUGGAUCUGCCCGGUUCCUGUCUUACCAAGAGACAGUCGCAGAGAAGAUCUGCUGGCCCCGUGCUUCAACGUUUACCACUUCAACCCCCACCCCUCCGCAUAUCACAUGAAUGGGCAGAGAGAGCAGAUGUGUGUGUGUGUGUGAUGCAUCGGCACACAUAUGUCAGGUUUUUGCUUGACUUCCUGGCUGACUUGAUGAGGGGACAGAAAGACAAAGGACUGUGACUGAGCGCGUGGACGGACGGGGACGGGUUGAGUAUUAGCAGUGCCAAACGUACCUCGUACAGAGGGAGAGCUCGUCCUCCUCUCUCCUUUUGCUGCCUGAAUGUAUUUACUUUCCUCAGUGUAAAUAUCAAAGAUUUUUACUGUGCUUUUUAACAAGCUGCAGCAGCCCCUCCCCCCUACACCCCCACCUGCCAUUUGUCCAUUCAUUCACUCAGUUUUUUACCGUCUGUCCAGGGACUGAAAUUAACACUUGCCAAGCCAGUCAACAGAUAAACAAGUGUUCCAUUAAAGGUCUGUUUAUUUCAAGUGAUAACUGCUUAAGAUUCACUUUAGCAGGAGAACUGUGUUAAUUAUUUUAGAUUUAGUCUAAAUUAUUUUUGUGGAACUUGAUUAUUUCUUUUUUUUUUUUUACGUAGUGACCAGCUCUGGCUGGUGAGCCCAAAUGUCUCUCUCUCGCUCCCUGUGUCUUUGUAAAUCCUUCCUCCUCUCUUGUUCACUCAUGUCGCGGUACUGUCUCCAUCACUUCAUCAGCUGUAAGCCCGCCGGCUGCAGCACGGACGCACAGCGACCGGUUCAGGUUCUGUGUGUCGGAGCCCAUCUCCAACCUCCUGUUGCUGCAGAUUUUCUUGUUCUUCAGUAAAUGGUGAAAUCUCGGAUUGUAGAAUAUAAAAGUAUAUAUUUUUGUUGUUAGGUUAAUUUUAAUUAUUUAUUUUGUUACAGAGUCCCAGCGUUUUGGUCACAGGCAGGCCUGCUCUCUGUUUGAUUUUGUGUUUUUCUUCCGAUUCCACCACCAUGUGCUUCCUCAGAGACUGCAUCAUCUUUUAAGUUUGUGGCAGAAACAGUGUUGUGAUUUAAGGCAUUGAUUGAUUGGCUUAGUGUUAGAUGUGUUAGUCGGCAGCCAUUUCUUUCUGUGCUUUAUGUGUAUUAUGUUACCGCAAAUGAUUGCUCUUCUGUCACAAUGGACACAUAACCGAAAUUUGUUCAUAUUUCUUUAAAUUGAGAGAAUCUAAAGAGGUGAUAAGUGCUGCAAUCAAUCGCAAAUUCAUAUUAUAUGUGCGGCUGAGGCCUCUGAAGGUUCUGCCACAUGCUUUUCAGUAUUUCAACACUGCAUUAAAAUGUUCAGUAUUACACGAUCGAACCUUUUGCUUGUCACUCUGCUUCCCUCACAUGUGAACGCCUCAUCUGUUGGCUUUUUUUUAUUGUUGUCAUUUUAUCCAAUGAAUGCGAUAAUCAGCUUUAUGGUGAUGGUGCAUUUAAAUACUGCUUCAUAAAAGCAGGGUUUUAUUGUUUUACAGCUAAUCUUUUGUUAUACCUUGUUGAAUGACAGCUCAGUGGGGUUUCUCUGUUUCUGCUUCUUCUAUGGAAGCGCAUGUUUAAUGUACGUCGUACGCACACAGGUUCACUACUUCUCUCAGUAAGCUGCUCUUGUCACAUCUGUUAAACUGAUCCAUCACGUGUUCCUUUCCUCGAUAUUUUCGACAAACGCUGCAGCGGCGUGUCCUACCCAGUCCCAUCAGAGCGGGUCAGCUGGGUUGGAAGGAAUGGAUGACUUUUUGGAAACGAGGACCCCCUCCCCUCUUUGUGUUUUUUUGUUUUUUCUUCCCCGUGUUUUUUUGUUUUUGGGAGCAAAGGUACGUGGAACAGCCGCACCAUUGCACUAUCACGAGGCGCUCUCAGUGCCUUACACCUCAUCACCUGGAAACUGUAGCGGGGAGUCUGAAGCGGAAAAGUCACUGCAGCUUGAUUCAGUGCAUAAGAUCCGCCUCAGGUCGGACCAGCUCAAUCCUCCACGUUUGUGAUUCGGGACCAGUCCAUUUCAUAUCUGUGCUUAACAUUUUAGAGACAGUCUUGGAAGACUUGAAGCCUCACGCUGGUGGUUUUGUAUGUUUUAGCAUGCAAGCAUCUCAUUCACAGGUGUAUUCUAAAGGUUCAAUGUGUAGGAUUUAGGGGAUCGAUUGGCAGAGAUGGAAUAAAGUAUUCCUAAUUAUUUU